GUUACUAUAAUCAGCCCUAGUACUUGUAAGAGUGAAAGUAAUACUCUGAUAUUAUUACUAGUAUGGAUUCAUGUCUUUGUGUCGUGUCUCCGUCAGGAUCUGGUCCGUCUGUUUGACGUCUACCUGACCCCCCUUCAGAAGGAGACCUUCCUCAGUAGAGAAGAGAUGGAGGCGUUGUUUGGCAGCUUGCCGGAGAUGUUGGACUUCCAGAGAGUUUUCCUUCAGACGCUGGAGGAGAGAAUCUCCUCCUGUCCCAACUUCAGCCACCUGGAGACACCGGAGCAGUUCAAGCAUCUCCUCUUCUCGUUGGGAGGAUCUUUCCUCUACUACGCCGACCACUUCAAGCACUACAGCGGCUUCUGUGCAAACCACAUCAAGGUCCAGAAGGUCCUGGAGAGAGCCAAGACAGACGGAGCCUUCAAGUACUUCUUGGAGACCAGGAAUCCGACCAAUCAGCACUCGUCAUCUCUGGAGUCGUACCUGAUCAAACCUGUUCAGAGAGUCCUGAAGUAUCCGCUGCUGCUGAGAGAGCUGGUGUCUCUGACCGACCCCGAGAGCCCCGAACACAGACACCUGACAGAGGCGCUGAGAGCGAUGGAGAAGGUGGCGACUCACAUCAACGAGAUGCAGAAGAUCUACGAGGAUUACGGCUGCGUAUUCGACCAGCUGGCUGCAGAGCACAGUUCACCUCACAGACAGGUGACAGAGAUCUUCAUGGGGGAGUUUCUGGUCCACUCGUCGGUGGUCUGGUUAAACCCACUGCCCAGUCUGGGCCGGCUGAGGAAAGAACCGGAGCUCACUCUGUUCGUGUUCAAACGGGCCGUCAUCCUGGUUUACAGAGAGAGCAGCAAGCUGAAGAAGAGGAUGACCGCCUCCCGCUCAGCCGACCCGGACCCCUUCAGGUUCCGCUGGUUAAUCCCAGUGUCGGCGGUUCAGGUCAGACCGGCCAACAUCACAGGCUCAGAGGACCAGUGUGUGUGGGAGCUGGUUCACAGCCGGUCGGAGACGGAAGGACGACCGGAGACGGUGUUUCAACUCUGCAGCAGCGGUUUGGAGACGAAGGCCAGCGUUCUCAGAGCUCUGCGCUGCCUCCUCAGAGACCGAGCGCCCGCCGGCUCCCUGAGGAGGACCAGGACCACGGCCGAGAGGAGCAGUUCCUGGAGGAGGUGGCAGCAGCCGAGGAGGACGACUCCUCGUCGUGCGGAGGACCUCCGAGAGGAGACCUGCUCCGAGCCUCUGCUGCCCAGCCGAGCCGCCUCCGACCCCCUGGGGAAGAGGACCAGACUCUGCUCCCUCACCGGAGAGCUGGAGGCUCAGCUGCAGAGGCUGAACUUCACCGAGGAGGAGGUGGACAAGGAAGAGGAGGCGCAGCAGCGAGGAGCAGAUGACCGGAGGAACCAGGAGAAGAGGCGGAGCUCCAGUCUGAGACGAAGUCCCGGAGGAGAAGCGCUGGACCUCUUGGAGAGAGACUUCAGUGUUCAGAGCAUGACCUCCGUGAUCAACGAGGACUGCUUCUACGACAGCGUGCUGGGGAGACGGACGGCCGCCGCUACCACGCUACACGGCUAACGUGCUAACAUGCUAACGUGGAACUCCAGAUCCUGGAGACCUUUCAUCAGACCUGAUGGUGUUUCUGACCUCCAUCACCAGGAAGUUCUCGUCUCAUGGACUAAAACACUGACGAACAAGCUCUCAUCUCUACAAGAUCACAGACGACCGGAAGAAAGAAUUUGGGAAAACGCCGACGAUUUGGAAAGGAGAUACAUUUUUUUUCCAGAAGAGAAAGUACAACCAGCUGUGACAGCAGCUGUGAUAGCUGAUCAGCUGGUAUCUGAUCAGAACUACGUCAUGCUUUCUUUAAUCCAUCUCUUUAGAAACACCUGAAAUAACUCAUUACAUUAUUAAAGCCACUGUUACAGGAAGUAAACACAGAUUCUAAGAAUAAAGUCAAAAUAGAAACAAGUCUUAAUUAAUACAAACAUCAUUUUGAAAAGGAAAGUUAUGAUAUUACAGGAAUCAAACUAUAAUUUCACAAAACAACCAGUUGAAGUAUUUUUAAGAAAGAGUUCAGUCUUUACCACAUAUUCUUGAAUACGACCUUUUCUAAUUAAAUUACAUCUUCAUGGUUGAAAAAAUAUAUAUUUUUGAAAGUUUAGUUCAUAUUUGAAACAUCACGACCCUUUGUUGCAAAAUUACAACUUUAUCUUGAAUAUUGUGACUUUUAUUCUCACGAAAAACUUUACUUCACAGUGUUUUUAAUAAUAAUAAACUCCAGGAGCUUCACAGGAUCUGUGACACAAACCUCAAACUUCCAAAACACUUUCAGGAAAUAUGGAACCAAUUCUUUUAUUUUUUUUACAUUUUCAAAAACACUAAAAAAGGAUUUCAUGAGAUUUAAUGAUGAAGAACAGCGAAGGAAUCUUUUGAUUUGCGUCAGAAGAAAAACGGUUGAAGUUUGAAGCUUCUUUGUACUUUUUUAAAUCAAACGGUGGAUUUAACAAUUUAACAAAACCAAAGUCUCGAUAUCGUUGGAUGACCUCAAACACCUGGAGCUCAGUGAUUUCUUUUGAUGGAUUAUUUAACAUUUUAUCGUCACGAGUCUCCUUCAUGUUCUGCUGGGAGAUCACAGCGUUCUCAACAGAAGAUUUGUGUUCCGGAAGUCUAACAGACGAAUGUUGGACUCUUUUUUUUCAGUAUUUUGUUGUACUCAGCUGCCUGAACAGUCUUUAUUAUUAUUCUAUUGUAAUGUUGUAAAUGUUUUUCUUGUACAGUUUAUUUUCCUCGGUUGUAGUUUUCUGUUCAACAGAUAUUUUCUUGACAAAAGCAGUUUUCAGUGAAGCGUGAGGAGCUGCUGGAUCGACUUAUUUAUACAUUUAGUUUGGAGGCUGAAACACGAUGAAGACGUCCGUGUUUCAUUCUAAAGGAACUUUACUCAAGUUAUUUUUAUUAACUGUUAAAAGAAUUUGGUAAUUUAUUUUCUUAAAUAUUUAUGUACAUCUUUUUAACGCCUUGAUGCUGUUUAAAGUCCAAUAAAUCAGUAUUUAAUAAGUCUUUGAU